AUUCCCUGGAAAGCGGGGAAUCAUAAUUUCAGGCUCACAAUGGAUCUCGAAACAGCACCUCUGCUCGCAAAUCGAAACGCGGAGGAAUCUGAGCGAACUACAUCAACUCACAAUCCCCCCACCGAACAUGCCCGAGGACGUUUGAUUCGAGAAGAACACAUCAACCGGGUAUUGCCCGUAGCAUUUACAGCUUCUUUUGCGAUUGCAGCCACAUCUGCGACGACGGUGUUUGCUUACGCUCACUUGAUGUGCAAAGAUCCGGCGAACUGCGAUGAACAAGAAAGAAAGCCCUACGCUGGGGUAGUGGCUGUUGCAACAAGCAUCGCAAAUGUGUGCGGGGUGUUGAGUGUGGGCCUUUUGCGGCAGUGGAAUACGGCCAAUCCCAAAUUUGGACUUUUCUUCUGGUUGACAUGUCGUGGAACAAGCCUCUUAUUUCUGGUCGCAGGAUUAAUGCUAGACAGUAUCUACGUUGCGGUUGCGGGCAGGGUGUUCGAGGGAUUCGCCACUGACAAUGUGCUCCAUUACACUCUAGGAGCUGUAUACGUCAAGAGUGAAGAACCGGCGAUGGUCGCGCGACGGUUCGGGACGUCAUUAGCUCUGUACAUGAGCGCAAUGUCUAUGAGCCCUACAAUAGUAACAUUGCUCCCAGAUUUUGGUUGGAGUUUUGGGCUUGCGAUAGCAAUCCUCGGCAUUUCGCUAAUAUAUGUGGCAUUGUACGUUCCGACGGUUGAUUGCGCCACGGGACGGAUUUCAGAUCAGCAACAGUUUCAGCAUAGCUUGAAGGCAUGGAGUCAGCGAACCAAAUCGAUAUUGAAGUCUUCGCGAACAUUCGUUCGUGGGCCUUUCACGAUACUUCCUGGGAUGGCGAUAUUUCUUUACAAUGCCGCACAAGCCUAUCUCUUUCCAGCUAUCAUGGUACAUGCAUCCAUACGUUUUGGAUUUACGGGUACAGAGAAUGGCUACUUGAUUUCGAUUGCCGCCCUCACAUCUGCCAUUUAUCUAUUCGCGAUCAUGUUUGCAGUACCCAAAUGUACUAAGCGGUUUAAAACAAGGCCACAACAGCGAGAGGACAGUGAUCGCGACACCACAGGAGCAAGAAGUGACGAAAGAAGUCUAACUCGCAGAAAGUCUGACGCGCUUUAUGCUCUCACCUCUAUGCUUGUUCAGGUUAUUGUUCUUCCUUGUAUCAAGCUAGCGGGUCGUCCUCACGAGUUGUACGGCUUAGUGGUCCUCAUCGCUUUGGGGCUCUCCGCUCCCAGUUUCAUCAAGAGCUAUGCAGUUACAAGCACCAAAGCGAAGGACUCAGCUCUAGCGGGCAUGGCAAUAAUGGAGAGCUUGGGAGGCUUGGUAUCCCCGAUGGUUCUCGGUGCAAUCCAAAGCUUCACGAACGAGGGCAUGGUUUUCAUCGUAGCUUCAUGCCUGGUCGCAGGAGCUAUGUUGUGUCUGGUUGCGAGUCUGUUAUACAGAUGA